AUGUCCGACCAAGACUGGGGAUACACCGGAGAGAACGGCCCAGCUUCAUGGAUUGAAAAGUUUCCAGAAGCCAGGGGUGCAAGACAGAGCCCAGUCGAUAUAGCGACGUCCAGAGCUAGUAACAGCGGAAAUGUACCACCCCUAACCUUCAGAUAUUCCGUUCACCAUCCACGAUCAGUGGUUAACCCUGGCUACUGCUGGCGCGUCGAUGAAAAUGGGUACAACUCAGAACUACGAGGUGGUCCUUUGGGCUCGGACGUGUACAAACUCCAGCAAUGGCAUUGCCACUGGGGUGCUAAGAACGGCGAGGGUUCAGAGCACACGGUCGACGGACGUUCCUUCUCUGGCGAACUUCAUCUCGUUCACUGGAAUACGAGCAAAUACCACAGCUUCGCCGAGGCUGCGGGUCGACCCGACGGAUUGGCUGUACUAGGAGUUUUUCUAAUGGCGGGUUCCAACCACGAAGAACUGGAUAAAGUAGUCCGACUUCUUCCCUACAUUCAACAUAAAGGGGACAAAGUAACAAUGUCUGAAGCCCUGGAUCCUGCGAAUUUGCUGCCCAGGGGCAGCGCUUAUUGGACUUAUCCUGGCUCGCUCACGACACCACCUUGCACGGAAUCCGUUACAUGGAUACUAUUAAAACAACCCGUCGAAGUCUCAGCCGAACAGUUGGCGCUAAUGCGCAAGUUGAGAUGUGGUGAAGCUUCCUGCGGCGAAGAAGCGAUGGAACUGCUCCACAACUAUCGUCCGACGCUGCCGCUCGGAAACCGAGAGCUGCGCGACUACGGAGGACAUUGA